AUGCCUUCAACUUCAAUCUACCAGUCUGUCAUCUAUCCGGGCAAUCACGAGAAGCUAUCUUCUCCAACAGAUACCCAAAACUUCAUCGACAACAAGCUCGUCUCCUCAAAGACAACAAAAUGGAUCGAUGUUCAUGAUCCAGCAACAAACAACAUUAUCACCCGUGUCCCAGAAAGCACAAAAGAUGAGCUCGAGGAAGCUGUUCGCUCAGCUAAAGCUGCAUUCCCAGGAUGGAAGAGGACAAGCAUCAUUAAGCGUCAGCAGAUCAUGUUCAAGCUGACGCAUCUGAUCCGUGAGCAUAUGGAUAACCUUGCCACAAGCAUCGUCACAGAGCAGGGAAAGACUUUUGCCGAUGCAAAGGGUGAUGUUCUGCGUGGACUGCAAGUUUGUGAGACAGCGUGUGGAAUUACCACCCAGCUCACUGGAGAGGUUCUCGAGGUUGCAAAGGACAUGGAAACACGGUCUUACCGACAGCCUCUUGGCAUCACUGCCGCCAUCUGCCCAUUUAACUUCCCUGCUAUGAUCCCCCUAUGGUCUCUCCCCUUGGCGACAGUCACUGGAAACUGCAUGAUUGUCAAGCCUUCCGAGCGUGAUCCAGGCGCAGCCAUGAUGAUUGCCGAACUGUGCAGAGAGGCUGGCUUUCCCCCUGGUGUUGUCAACGUCGUGCACGGCUCAAAGGACACGGUCAACUUCCUCCUCGACGAACCAGAAAUUCAGGCCAUUUCUUUCGUUGGAUCCAACAAAGCCGGAGAAUACAUCUACCAACGCGGCUCAGCCAACGGAAAGCGUGUCCAAGCUAACCUCGGCGCAAAGAACCAUGCGCUUCUGAGCUUGGACGCAAACAAAGAGCACGCACUCGACUCAAUUGCCGGCGCUGCAUUUGGCGCUGCUGGACAACGAUGCAUGGCUUUGAGUGUUUUGAUCACCCUGGGCGAUGCGAAGCAAUGGAUGGAUGAUCUGGUGAAAAAGGCAAAGAACCAUGUUGCCGGAAGUGGAUUUGACUCCAAGUCUGACUUUGGACCGCUCAUUACACCGCAAGCUCGUGACCGAUGUGAGGCGCUUAUCACCAGCGCUGAGAAGGAGGGUGCCAAGAUCCUCCUCGAUGGCAGAGGCUGGAAGCCCGAGGGUUUCCCCGACGGUAACUGGGUCGGCCCAACAGUCAUCGCAGGUGUCACACCAGAGAUGGAAUGCUACCGCGAAGAGAUCUUUGGUCCCGUGCUUCUGUGUAUGGAAGCCGACACUCUCCAAUCAGGAAUCGACAUCAUCAACUCCAACGCUUGGGGUAACGGUGCGGUCAUCUUUACCAACAACGGCGCCAAGGCCUCUUUGUUCCAGCAAGAGAUCGACGCUGGACAAGUUGGCAUCAACGUGCCGAUUCCCGUUCCUCUGCCCAUGUUCUCCUUCACUGGCAACAAGAGAAGUGUAGCUGGUACUGGCUUGGCCAACUUUUACGGCAAGGAUGGAUUGAGAUUCUACACCCAGUGGAAGACUGUGACGUCGCUUUGGAAGGCGGAUGAUGCCAGUACCGGUGAGAAGUUGACGAGUAUGCCAACCAGCUCUUGA